AUGAACUCAACAAGAGCACCUGGAACACAAGCUGCAUCUCCUCCUAUGCCUCCGGGUGCUACUGGACCCGCUGUUUACCAUGCUGGGUCUCCUCCUAUGCCUCCUGGUGCUACUGGAGCCGCUCCAAACCAUGCUGCUUCCUCAUCUCGUUCCAACAGCUACCAGCAGAUGACCCUUAAUGCGAUGCUCAACUUACCUGCUAGGCUCUCACAGCCACAUCUCCAUCAUGAUAAGCCGAAUGGAGCUUUAUGGUUUGGUAUUAACCCAUGUAUCCAUGCUUUCAUCCGUGCAACUUGGCAAGGAUACUACAUGGGUCCUUGGAAGAGUUGGAAUAAGGUGCCUGAGGAAAGGAAUGAUUCCUGGUGGCAAACGUUUGUGCAAAAUUUCUACUGGGAGCCUCAAUUUAAUGAUUUGGUCUACGGUCUGUGGAAGAAGGAAACGAUGACAUCCGUUGGUGAAAGGAUUAGCAAGAAGAAGAGGCAACACAAGAAGCCAAAGUACAUCAAUGAUAGCGACUGGACACUGCUUCUGGAGUAUUGGGCGACUGAUGAGGCUAAAAAGAAAAGCAAGAAGGCUGCUAAAAGCCGCAAGGCUGAUCCUGUGGGUAAAGGGUGCCACAAGCAUAAUGCAGGCCCUAGGUGUUUUGCAAGGAUAGCGUAUAACAUGACGCAAGCCUCUGGUGAACCACCAUCCUACACUGCCCUUGUCAGGGAGACACACUCCCGACCAGAUGGGACUUUUGUGGAAUAUCGGGCUGAAGAACUGGUAACUCAGGCCGAGAUGGAAGCCACACAGCUCUCUAACACUGAAGGAUCACCAGGGAGUCCAAGUGCAUCAUCUGCUCCUUCUCGCCUCAUGUUAAACAAGGCUUAUCUGAAGAAUGCUAAGAGUAGGAGGGGAUAUGUUUACGGACUGGGCAGUGAACAAUUCAGGGAGCAUGCGCCUUCUUCACGCGUCCCCAAUGGUAUUGCCCGCAACCUGGACCUGGAGAUGCGUGUGGGCGGUCUUGAGACAACCCUCCAAAGUGUCACUUCUGAUGUUGCUGGGGUGAAACAGGACGUCUCAGACAUGAGGCAGGACUUUGCAGCAACAAGGGAAACAAUCAAUCAGCUCCUCCAAACACUUAGGCCCCCGCAAGCACCUACUGGACAGACUUCUGAUCAUCAGGCUCAAGCACCAACUGGUCAGCCUAAUCCUCCCAAUGGCAUUUAG